AUGAAACUAUACAAUAGGUGGCAACAUCAUUGACAAGUUCCUAGAACGGCAACUACAACAAACUGUUUUACAGCUGAUGGGCUUGUUUACUGUAUGUUUUCAAGUAAUUAAAAAAUUAAAGAAAUGAGCAAAAUUAUACAGAUUUAUAUGCUGUUAGGUAAAUUGCAUUCCCAAGUGUCGAAGACUAAGGGUUGAAUAACCAAAUGACUCUAAUACAAUAUGUUUUUUAACCGUACUCAACAACCAAGUUGUAACGAACGUCAUGAGAGAUCGGAUUCAAUGGGCAACAUUCCAAGAACAAAUCUUCCCAGGGCAGAAGACUCUGAAGGCCAUAAAUUGUGUGACAAAGAACAUGAACAGCAGAUUGACAAUUCUAAUACUGUUCUUGAAAAAAUAGCCAGUUUGUAUGCUGAGCGGCUUCUUAGUGACAUAACUCUUGAAGUUGGUGGAAAGCAGUUUGCAGCUCACCGCCUUAUAUUAUGUGCUUCCAGUGACGUUUUCCAGGUUAUGUUAAUGAAUCCUAACUGGAGUGAAUCACAAGAGACAAAAAUAUGUUUGCAGGAAGAUCCAGCUUGUGUUCUAGUAUUUCCAGAUUUUUUGAAAUAUUUAUAUACAGGAAAACUUCAUAUAAACCAUUUCCUUGUUUUACCUUUGGUGACUCUUGCUGAUAAGUAUAAUGUUAAAGAUUUGGUUCAUCUGUGUGUUGAUUAUAUGUGCAGACAUGUGGUAUCUGCAACAAGGCAUAAUCAAUUGGUGUUGUGGUUGCAAUACACAUUAAAUUGUGGACAUAGUUUGGUAUAUAAAGCUUGUGCAAGUUUCAUCACCUGGAAUUUUGAAUUGGUUGGCGAGAUGGAGGAUUUUGGAACUCUUGAGACUGAUGUUCUUAUAAGCUUCCUUCAAAAGUCAGAUUUAGUUAUUAGCGAUGAAGUUGCUGUUUUUCAAUGUGUUGCCAAAUGGCUUUCAAUUCAAGAAAAGAAACUGUUGUCAUUGCACAGAGAAUCAGAAGCCCAGUAUCAUUUUAAACAUCUAGUGACAGAAGUCAUGUCACAUGUUCGCUUUCCCAUGAUGUCACCUCGACAACUUGCUAGUCUGCUGAUUCAUUCACUGACUAGUCGUUUCAAGGAUUUUUUUAUAGAGCGAAUGGCCUUGGCAAUGGCUUUUCAUAAUAAUCACAAUGAUCAUAGAGUUCUUUCUGUUCUUCAAGAAAAGAAUGGACAACUGUUGUUCACGCCUCGUUUAUAUACAACAGAACAGUGGAGUGCAUCUCUAAUCAUAGAAAAUUACCCUGCCUUAACCACCUAUGGUGUAAGGACAUUGGUUUUCAACACACCCAUCAGCUUUCAAGAUGCCCAUUCUGACCACUUUUUUGAGUGGACUGUUGAUAUAUAUCCGAAAGGAGUAUGGUUUAAGAAGUUCUAUCUGAUUGUAUGGCAAGGCACAUUGGAGAUACCAGAAUCUGUGUCAAAAACGGUGAGAUUAUCACUCACUCAGAAAGAUCCAGAUGAUAUAGCAAGAGUUUCUGUGGGAAUUUUAAUUUGUGGUAAGCAAGAUGGUUUGGAGCAUAUCCGUCGAGUGGUACAGAAAAAUUUUGUAUUCUCUGAGGAAGAGCGAAUGCUGAAUAUAAAUGAUCUUGUUCCAUAUGAAGAUCUCAAUGAUUUACGUGCUGGUAGGUCAGUCUAUUUAACUGGACCUAACUCUGAUUGUUUGAAAUUACAUGUUGUUAUUACACCGCUUCCUACAUUUUAGUGGUUUGUCAAGUUGUAAGCAGAUAAUUAUGAUUUUCUUCAAAUCAUGUGCCUGUUAUGUAUUAAUUUGGAAGAAGAUAUUCAAACUUCGAUUUUUUUUUUAUGUGCAUUUAUUUUUUAAAGAAUAUUUGUAUACUUCCACACAUUUAAAGUGCUUUGGUUUUGAAAUGAUUGAUUGUAGAAUUUUAUUUAUAAUGCUUAAUAAUAUGCUUAAAGAUGUUUUGUACAGUUAAUAUUGAGUUAUAUGGUAAUCACAUUUAAUCCUGUAGUAAAUGAACAGUAAUUGUAUGUAUAGCAUUGAGAAAUAUUAGUUCCUGUUAUCACAAAUUAUUUUAUUCAGUUUGUAUGUAUUAAAUAUGUAUUCCUUCAGAUUUCUUAAGAAGUUUUAGUUUUGUUUUAUAUAUUUUAAAAUUUUAAACACAUGUUUUAUAUAUUAACUAAAUUUUGUUAGUAUUUUUUAAUUAUUGAUUUUUAUUUGAGACGUUAUAUUAUUAAUAAUACAUUGAUACAAGCAUAUUUGUAUUAAUUUUUGAAAAAUUAAGUUUCCCUGUUAUUUUUCUUCAAAUUAUAUCUAACAUUAUUGAGAAAUGCUCAUACUUGUCAGUUUUAAUUUAAAUAUAUAUAUUUACAGAUUUUCUGAAGUGAAUUUUUAUAUCUAUCAUCCAAUUAUUAUUAACUAAAUGGUGAAUUUAAAUAACACAAAAUUGGCCUUAUAAUUGCUUGCAAUAUGAAUAUUAAAAAAAUAAAAAACUUUAUUACUUGUUUUGAAUAAAGCUAAAAUUUAUUCAGUCAUUUUUUGAUAACUAAAAUUCUAUUUAUGAACAUUAUAGUUAAUAAGUUAAAAGCGAUCAAAUCAUUAAUUUUUCUUAACUUUUUGGAUAACUGAAUUAAAAACAGUAUAUAAAGCAUGGAGAAUUCUGAAUCAAAGAACAUCAUAUGUAACAGUUACAGCAUAUAAAUUUAUUAAGCAGUUUUAUAUGUAUGAAGAUAAUUUUUUCUCCAAAAUGAAUUGCAAAAUUUUAUUAUAUAAAUUGCAUAAUCCAUGGCUAGUUUAGUCAACUUUAUAGUAAUACGGAAACGGAAAUUUUUAUAUAAGAAAUUUGAGUUAAUCAUUUUGUAUACAAGAUAUCUAGAAGAAAGAAUUAGUCUGUUCCACAAAUGAAUAGCAAGUGCACAGUUAAAGCAUAAGGAAGGUAUAUGUAUUCUUUUGUAUCGAGAAGUGUUAUUGUAUUAAUAGUAAUUUAUACAUGAAAUGUUUUCAUUGUUUAGAUAUUAUUUCCUUUAAAUUUCUUAUUAAUAUUUUUCAUCUUGAGAAUAUACAUUUAAUCUUUGUUGAAUUUUGAUACUUAUUCUCAAGAUAAAAUAUGUUAAAAUGCCCAUUUAUUUUAUAUGUAAUGAUUAAUAUUUGUAUCAUAUGCAUGUACAUGAAAACUUGUCAAUGAUAUUUUUUAGUAUUAAGAAAGGAAAAGAAAUGAAAGAUAUAAGAAAGUGCAAAUAUAUGUUAGAAGGAUAAAAUAUUUCUUCUGAAAUUGCGCCAUUUUAGAUGUUUCAAGAAUUUCAUUCUGUACUUGAGAAUGUAGGAAUGCUUUGUGUUUGCUCUUGUAAUCAAGUUAAUAAUUUGCUAACUUUUAUGCUUUAUAAGGAACUCUAUAAUAGCUUAAAGUCUGACUGUUUACACUGUACAUUUCUUGAAUUCCUUUGCUGUCUUCCAAUUUAUUUAGAAUUUUGUAUAAUGGUGUUAUAUCAUAUUUAAUAGCCCUAUGUAUUUUAAAUUCCAUUUAGCUUUCCAGAAUUCUUAAUUAUGUGAUUAUGCAUUAAACAGUUAUGAUAUUUUUUGCUUGGUACAGAAUAAAAUUUGGAAAGAUGGUUUCUUCA